AAGCAACUAGGUAAAUUGCGCGCUGCGCCGCGCGAGGUUGCAAAAGCGGUGUACAUGGGCCAUAAGGUUUGCUGGGAUGGGCUGUUGCAUCUUAUGUGGGCUGCAUCGCUGCUGGUUCAAAUGUUUUGUCUGUAGUAUUUAGAGAUAGUCUUAAGCACGUCGGUUUGCUGGCGCCGGCAGAGUAGAGGCGGUUCAAGGUAGGUCGGCGUGCCAUUCCUUUCGUCGCAGCCAAGGAAGGUCCUGCCAUUUAAUGGAGUGAGCUGCUGCGCCGGCGAAAGCGAACCAGCGCAGCAAAGCGUGCGUUCUCGUUUGCGUGGGCGGAGCGUGAGCUGUGCUUGGGAAGAGCUUUAGCUCUGAGGUGGGCAUUGCUUAGGAGAUGGCCGGCUCCGCUUGUGCAUAUACCGUGCGCUUUGGCCGGGAAUAUGAAGAUGAGAUAGAUGACUUUACUCUUCUUGAGGCAACCGGCCAUGCAUCGGCAACAAAGGAUGGGGCAGAGGAGGCCACUGCGGAAGCGCUUAUCUGUGCAGCAAAGCGUGAAUUCGGUGUCGUGGUCAUUGACUUGAAUUUCAGUGAGGUAAAAGCUCUCCGGAAGGAGAAUGAAACUCUUCGCCGGAACAACCUGCUGCUUAGUUCUGGUUGGGCUCAGUCGGUGGAUCAUUUGGAGACGCUGCAGAAGACGUUGGAAUCAAUCACAAUCGACGCUCUUGCCGGUUGUCCAAAGAUUUCAGUUGGUCAGCUUGCUCAUGAUGCUGCUGUCUGGGCUGAGGAGAAUGUUUGGGGCGCGACUGCUGCGCUGCAAGAGGUCGGCUGCAGGUCCAUGGAUGAGAAUUGAGCUCCACGGUGUUUAGUCUCAAGUGUCUGUAGUUUGUGCAUUCGGCAAUUUUUGUGUACCCAAUAAAACAGCUACCUGAGUUUAUCAGGCUCCGCGUUAUAUCUAUCUUGUACCUCUGUUUAAGAGUAUAUGUAUGGUUGACCAUGUGUUUGUUUAAUAUAAUUGUUUUUUCCAAGCAUCC